AUGUCACAGAAAAACUCAAAACUGAGCCCGAUACCGGCGACGAAAUUUUACGGCGCGUGCAGCCAGGUAAGGAAAAAAAUCCAGGAUAUCGAGGAACGCAACAAGAGUUAUCAUUUGAUGAGUUUUGGAACACAAGAACGUAUGCCGCAAAGUUUGUUGGGACCGACGCAAGACUGGGCUGAAUUUUACCGCCAAGCAGAAGCUCUUCAGUUAGCGGAUGCUAAAUCAACAAGUAUUAAUAUUCUUCUGACAUUUGUUUAUGAGCAACCAAAUGGCCGUCGUAAAUUUAUUGUUGCACAUCCUGAAUUCCAAACAGACCUUAACCCAGAGCACAACGGGCCUCGAAUGACUCAGACUCUGAUCGACAUUUUGAUCGCGUUCUUCCAUAAGCACUGGGAGCUGUCAGUGACCAAGAAGAACGUCUUAAAUCUGGACUCGACCACCAAAGUAAAGUUCAGCCGGCACUUGAUAUUCCGGCUGAAAGACGUGGCCUUCCACGACAACAUAAACGCAGGUCGUUUCAUGAAGUCGAUUUGCGCUGAAAUAGAGGACUACAUAAACACCGACGGGGUUCCGUUCCACGACGUGCUGAGCUACUUCAAGCGCGAGGAAUUGGAAGAACUGUUUAUAGAAACGGGAAAGCGGCGAAAAUUGUUCAUAGACACCUCGGUCUACUCGCGCAACCGACACUUUCGCAUCUACAAGGCUACCAAAUGGGGAAAAAUGUCUCACUUGGUGAGAGCCAAGGACUGCAAGUUCAAGCCAAUCACCGAAAAUCGCGACAAAGAGCUUGAAAUAUUUUUGGAGAGUCUGGUUAGUUAUUUCCCGGACAAGGAUAAUCUUCAGCUGCUCGAGCUCAGUGAUGAUAUUAUUGCUGAUUUAACCAAGUAUGACAGUACGCAGUUUAGAAGCUUCACACAAGCUUCUCGGGAGCAGUACCAGUCCUCGCCUUAUCCGGCGAUUGAUAAAUUUAUUAUGGGCAUUGUUAAGCCAGGAACAAUUAGAGUUUCUAAGUAUUUUGAUGAUAGGCAGUUGAUCACGUAUGAAAUAAUUGGCAACAGGUACUGCGCCAAUGUCGGAAGACAGCAUAAGAGCAAUAACGUUUACUGGAUCGCGGAUUUAAAAAGUAAAAUCGCGUAUCAAAAAUGUCACGAUAAAGAAGACUGCGCGGAUUUUCGGUCUAAGCCGAUUAUGUUUCCCGAUGAACUGACGUUCAUUAUUGACGAGGAAGACGAUGAUAUUUUCUUUAGUGUCGAUGUAAGUUGCUUUGAUGACUCUAAUUCCUCUGAUCAUAAUCAAAGUUUGUGA